AUGGCAGCUCCACACAAAGGAUCCAACAUAACGGCGAACUUCACCAACCAGUUUGUGCAGCCGCCGUGGCGCGUAGCUCUCUGGUCCGUAGCCUACAGCUCGGUACUGGCGGUGGCGGUGUUUGGAAACCUCAUCGUGAUCUGGAUCAUUCUUGCCCACAAGCGUAUGAGGACGGUAACGAACUACUUUCUCCUAAACUUGGCGUUUUCGGACGCGUCAAUGGCCGCGUUUAACACUUUGAUAAACUUUAUUUAUGCUGCCCAUGGAGAGUGGUACUUCGGGGAAGCGUACUGCAAAUUCCACAACUUCUUCCCGGUAACAUCCGUGUUUGCAAGCAUCUACUCCAUGACUGCGAUAGCUGUGGACAGGUACAUGGCUAUCAUCCAUCCCCUGAAGCCUCGUCUGUCUGCGAAGGCCACCACAGCAGUUAUCGUCUGUAUCUGGAGUCUGGCCGUGGUUCUGGCCUUCCCUCUCUGCUACUUCUCCACCACCCGAGCUCUGCCCCACAGGACCCUCUGCUACGUGGCCUGGCCUCGCAUGGCUGACGACCCCUUCAUGUAUCAUACCAUAGUGGCAGUUCUGGUCUACGUGCUGCCCUUAGUGGUGAUGGGCAUCACUUACACCAUCGUGGGGGUGACUUUGUGGGGAGGGGAGAUCCCAGGAGACUCAUCUGAUAACUAUCAUGGACAGCUUAGGGCUAAAAGGAAGGUGGUGAAGAUGAUGAUCAUCGUAGUGGUGACCUUUGCCCUCUGCUGGCUCCCCUAUCACGUCUACUUCAUUGCGACAGUUCUCAACAAAGAUCUGGUCAAGUGGAAGUACAUCCAGCAGGUUUACCUGUCGGUGCUGUGGCUGGCAAUGAGCUCCACCAUGUACAACCCCAUCAUCUACUGCUGCCUCAACAGCAGGUUUCGAGCUGGCUUCAAGCGAGCUUUUCGUUGGUGCCCAUUCAUCAAGGUAUCUAGCUACGACGAGUUGGAACUACGCUCUACGCGGCUGCACCAGACACGCCAGAGCAGCAUGUACACGCUGUCCCGAAUGGAUACCACUGUCGUGGUGGUUUACGACCCUGCCGAGGGUAGUGGCGGUGCAGGCGGUGGCUCUGAAAGGAAGCACUCCCUGUCCGCUAGGAAGAGAAGCUACAUCACGUCUCGCCACACGGAGAUCACGGGAUGCAACGGUGGCGGUGCGAAGACGCAAAAUGGAGGGGCUCCAAGCGCUCAACCUGAGGAGUUCUCUUAAAGGUUGUUCUCACAGACUUACACACAGACAUAUACAUGCAUGUCAUAAAUGUACACACAUGUGUAAUACACUGCACAUACAAACGGUGCACAGAUGUUUGCUUAAUUUAGACAUAGAAGCAUUGUAACACAGCGUUUAACAAAGAAGGCCAUAUGGAUAUAGAGAUUAUUAAAUAAUUUACCUUGAUAGAUAAUAUAGAUUUUUUAAGAUACUCUGGAGCAUGGAUGGAUCACUGAGUGGGCUUACUGGGCACAGAUGCAGGAGCUCAAGAGGUCACUUUGAAUUGAAUGUUACGAGCAGUUUAAAAGUCACACUGAUAGAAAGGUGUUUUGCUCCUGAUUCUUUAAAAUUGGUUAUCAGCCAAUAUCAAGUGUGAUCCAAAAUUAUUUUUAUUACAUGCUUGUUCAUUUUUCCCUACAUAAUACAACUGACAGUAAUUGGCUAUAGUAAACCUACAUCAAAAUAAGUAAAACAAUUGAAAUAUGUUUCACAGCAGAAUAGCUCUGCUUUAAGAAAAUACAUCAGAUUUUUUCAGUAUUUUACCAUAAGAUGUUGUGUAUCAUCUUGUAUUGUUUUGUAUAUUAUCUGUAGAGAGGAGGGUCAGUGCAGAACCGCGGCCUGUUUCACAAAUCAAUUUGUGAGCAGUAUUUACACGCAGAUUCCAAAACAUGGCGCCAACACAAUUCACAAAGGAUUGUUGUUUGCAAAUUCCAGAUAAAUUUGUGAGUCCUCCAGGGCUCUUCCAUCCUCAUGCACGGGUUGCAAAUAUGGUGUUUGUUUAUCUCAUGUUGUAUAUUGCAGCUUGGUGAAACAGGCCUCUGCUUUGCCAGGAUGCUUUUCACAUAAUCGCUCAUUGCCUCCAGCAUAAACAAACUACUGACGUUCAGGGUUUGUUCUCAAACAACAGCAUAACUGUGGAGUCAUGGUUAACACUUGCAAGUUAGCCCAGAAAAGAAAUGUGAAUUGAUCACUAGCGACUGGGGCUUUGUUAUGGGGCCCUUUACAUGUCAUGCUCGGGAACAGCCUUAACAAUAUACAAGGUGAACAAUGCUUAACUUGAACAGUAUGAUCAUCUAAAUUUAAGACGCUUUGCCAUUGAGUGCUACAUUGAAGUUUUCUCCUUAUCCCAUAAGGGUCUCUCUGAAUUAAUGAAAUACUGUUAAGUAGCUGUUUCCUUAAAGUGCAUUCAGUACACUCCACUCUGAUUGAGAUUACCAUUUAAACACAGUCAGUGCAAUGCUGUUUUGGUAAGGUCCGGUCUCAUGAUUAAAGUGAUUGAUGAUAAAAUGAAUUAGUUCUGCUUGGGGAUUCACUGCUAGGAGUGUGAGACCAUCUUACAAUGAAGAUAAUCUGAAAAUACGCCAUGGUGAUUGUAAUUAUGUAAAUAUGUCCUAGAUUUCAUUUCCAUCUGUAGGUAUUAACUGUGAACUUUAUGUGAUGCAGAGGAUGCACUCUGCGCUAUUUCCGCCUGAAGCCAUGAAUGAGCGGCUGCAGAAAGUCUCCAAUGGAAUAGCUGUUGAUUGAACUCCAUUUGGCUUUAUAUAUGGCUUUGAGUUUGGCUCUAAAAGUACCGUGAUUGAGUUUGGCUUUCAGUUAUGUAAGAGUUGUAAGAAACGUAUUUCCUGUAACAGGCAACAAGCCAGAGGCAAAAUCCAGUACAUUUGCAGCAGGCCAAUAAACAGGGUGCUGGAGAAUGUGCAGAUUGAAACAGAACUAAACAACUAAGCCCUAGUGGGUCAAUAACAAUCACAUUUUUUACAGUACAUUUGCAACUAAGUGAAGGAAAAAAAUAAAGGAAGCUUCACCGUGAAGUGCAACAUUUGUUUUACUGUUCUAUAAUGUUCUUUUAAAUGCCUUCAUACAAUGUGUAAUGAGAAAGCAGGACAGUGUUUGCCUUUUGCAGUUGUUGGUGUUUCAGUAGUUUCUUUCAGCAUGCUGUUAUCCAGUGUUGCAUCUAUAUUUAACUCCCUGCUUGUGUGCACAUCAAGUCACGCUGUUGGGUUUACAAUAAAAUAAGUUGAACCAUACUGUGACAGGAUUAUAUAAACCAUAGGACUAGUGUAUCCCCUCUGACUCUGUACACAGCAACACUUGGACAUGACUCACUGCUGGGAAGUAAGUGUAAUAGAUUUGUUUGACUUAUUUGAUCAGUAGUGGGUUUUUUGGGGGGUUUCUUUUCACCAAACAGACAUUCUUUAAAGAUACUGCAAAAUAAAUAAUGUAUCCUGUAUAAAGUGUAAUUUAUCCUGUAUAAAACUGAAUUUGGAGUUUGACAGUUUGUGAUGGCAGGUUAUUAUACAGUAUAUAUUACAUACAUGCUGUUUAACAAAUGGCAAAAGAUUCCCAGUCAUUCAUAUUGUCAUGUUUGGAAGAAAAUUAAAGCUGAAAUCUCCUAGAUUGACCAGAAAUUGCAACCAUAGAAGCACAUUUUAAAUGUCCUUAAUUAUUCUUACCAACAGUUCUGAAUGUUAGAAGACUUCAUGAAAGUAUUUACUCAAGAAUGUGAAGAAAAUAAAAGUUGUGCAUUUCAGUGUCAUGUAUUUUUAAGCUGUCGUCAUAUCAGUAUAUUGAAAGUGGUUAAAUAUUUGUAUGUGGUAAUCAAUCUAUUUUCAUGUUUCUCUGUAUAAAUGUUUGUUUUCUAUGAAUGUACAGUACAAUGUGUGCCUUUAUCUCUGUCAAGUGGUGACCAUCUUAUUUGUUGUGUUUUUAAAGGAUAAUUUGUUAAUUUCGACCUGAGCCUCAUUUCUUUGAUCUUUGACCCCCACGCAAUUCCGAUGUCUUCACUUUACUACAUUUUUUUCCAUUUUACUUUGCCAGAAGUACUACUUUCACCGCUCUUAUUCAAAAACAGGACUCAGGUUGAAAUAAACUAUUGUAUUAUCCUUUAUACUAAUAAUUAUAAUAUUAGUAUUGCUGGCAAAUGACAACUAUUUUGAUAAUUUGAGUUUAGGAAUUGUAGGAUCUCUUUGUUACAAUUCUACAGUGUAUAUCAUAUUUCUUAGAGACCUCCAAAAGGGUUUUGAUCGCUCUGCAUUGGUCAGUGCUGAUGUAUUUGCUUAAUGUAGCUUCAUUUCAACAGCCCUUUUUACAGUAUGAUGAGUGUUUACAAGAGACAUGACAUGCUUAUGAUGAAAUGUAGCUGUGAGCGAUAAUGUUUUGUUUUAUGUUCAUUGUCAGAAACAAUGCAGGCUAUUGUAAUAAUCCGCUACUUUUAAAAUAUCUCAAUUUUUCUAUAUUUUUUUUUAAUUUUAUACUAUACAGCAUCAUAGAUUUGACCCUAUGGAAGCAAACUACAUUCAUGAAAGAGCAAUGUUUUUUUGCAAUUACCUCUACCACAUCUCAUAACUAUCCGUACAUUGAAGCAUUUGGAUUUUGUAAUUAUGAGAUCCUUAUUUUGUUAUUUCCACGUACCUCCAUAUCUACCUCUUCCUGGCUUGUUAAACAUUUUACAUAUGCUGUUGCAAAUAUCUAUAAACAGGAAGCUCUUCCAUCUUAGCCAUGAGUAUUUGGGUAUAAGCAGCAACAGGUUUGUUGCUGAAAAAAACAGAGAAUUUAGGGAAAAAGAAACUGCCACUACUGCCACUAAUUGCCACUACUGCCUUUCAGAUUAAAAAUACACCAAAUGUGUUUUAUAUGUAUAAUUGUAAACAUUAAUCUGCUCAGACAGGAAUUUUGUCAUUCUGUUAUGUUCAGUCCCUUCAACCAAGAACCACAACUCAUGCUUCUUCAUUUUUUGGUUCAGAAGCUGCUAUCAUUCCAUUGAUAUGCAGCACUCAUCACCAAAAUUGAGAUCAACGCAAAUGUUGCGGAUUAUAACAGUUGAUCUAUAAUAAAGUGUCAAUGUGU